UUCAGCUUGGCAGCGAGGCUUAGAGGACACAAACAAAGGAAAUUAGAGAAUGCAGGAUUUUCGAAAGAACCGUUUCAUCUGCUAAGUAAUAGAAAACGCACCCUAGUAUUGAGGGUCUGGAGUCUUUUAUUGACCUAUUUUAAAUCGCUCAAUCGAGUGACCUAAAUCGUCUGCAUGCGCAUAGCUUCUCUAAAUCUGCGCUUUGCUGGCGCUCGGUCACCUAUGUUGUCCGUGCUUGUGGUUGGUUAGUUCGUCUGGCUAUAACAGACGAAACCUUCGCCCCGGACCACGUGACCCAAAACGAUUGACCGCGGUGAAAUAUUGAGGCGUAGGAACUAAAUCAAUAUGGCGGCAAUGAAUCGCCUCUUUUACGCCGUGCCGUUUACGUUGAAGAGGAACCAAAUUCCGUCGCUCUUCCUCAAAAGUUGUCUUAUAAAGUGGACGUCCUCCAGCUACAGCUCUGUGGGACCAAAGAUUUACACCAAAACUGGAGAUAAAGGAUAUACAAGUACAUAUGGUGGAGAACGCCGUUCCAAAACUGAUGCACUGUUUGAGGCACUAGGAACUUCUGAUGAACUGUCUUCUGUCAUUGGAGUAGCCAGGGAAUUCUGUGAAGAAGGAGGACAUAAAGAUGUUAUGCAGAAACUUGAAGAGGUCCAGUGCAUCCUUCAAGAUGUUGGCUCAAAUAUUGCAACACCUCGGCAGUCAUCAACUGAUCGAAAUAUAAGAAAAACUGAGUUCAAUCCAGAAAAUGUAAUAACACUGGAAGACUGGAUAGAUACGUAUCAUAAUCAACUUCCUCCACUUAGAAGUUUUAUUUUACCAUCAGGUGGGAAAAGCAGUGCAAUGUUACAUGUUGCAAGGUCAGUUUGUCGACGAGCUGAAAGAAGAGUAGUACCUCUGGUCCAAAGCGGAAGUGUAGAUCCAGAAGUUGGUACUUUCCUAAAUAGGUUGAGUGAUUUUCUUUUUAUCGCUGCGCGCUUUGUCGCCAAGAUGGAAGGGAAAAGCGAACAAAUCUAUCGUCGAAUUAAAAGAUGAAAAACGAGUUGCUGAAAGGCCAAAAGAAAUUCAUCGGACAGGAAAUUGUACGCCUUUGCGGUUUCGGAAAUCAAACUCCCGCUUUUGUAAAAUCAGAAAAAGACAGUUCUAGCAACAUGAUGAAAUGACAACGGGUUUUUGUCCUUUGUCCUUCGCUACAUGUUCAUGGUUCAUAACUGAAACCACAGUUACACCCACGAAGAUGUUAUACUAAGCGUAUUAAUUAUGCAAGUAAGCAUAGACGAGAAGAAGAUGGGCACAACUUUGUGUUUUCUUUGUUUUUUUUUCCAUCCCGAGUAAAGAGAAAACAUUGGAAACGUGAAACAAGUAUUCGUACCAACCGCUCUCUAUUAAGUGGUAUGCAGCCAGGCUGGCAGUCUGUCACUUUUCCGUUGAGCGAUAAGUAGAAGGCCGUUAUAAUCACCGUUGUUUUCACAAACUACCUGGCGUCCAUCCGACUGAAUCAGGUACACUACAACAAGUCCCUCUUUUCCUCUUCAUGCGGCUUUUUCUUUCGCUUUACUGUUUUUCGCUUCUCACUCAACGAACAAUAAAAAAUAAGGAUUUCGGCCAAUAGGACCCAUGAAGAAUUUUAAGAACCAAAUACUAGUGACUGAUUUUUAAGCGCUAUAAAUUGUGCAUGGGUUGCACAAAUGGGGCUUCAUUUUAGCACGGGUUUUAUUUUGUACGCAAUUUCGCGCGUAGCCUAAAGAUUUUCAUAAGAUGUAGUGAGCAAUUUCACAUUUAAAAUGCGCUCCAUCUAAACAGCAAUAAAAUGUGAUAACACAAA